AUGACAUUUGGCACAGAGAUAAAGAUACAGUUUUUUUUUAUUUUAGAAAAUCGUUCAAAGUGAAGGCACGAAUUUGUUCUUCGCAAUCGUAUUUAAAAUAAUUACGAUAAGAAUUUUUAAAUAUUUGAAAUUUACUUUUAACGUUACUAUACAAGGAAAUCAUGUCAACUGAGAAGAGGAUAGAUAUAACACAGCCCCUGUGGGACCAGAGUACAUUUGCUGGCAGAUUCAGGCAUUUUGCUUUCAUUUCCAACCCAUUGCUGUCCUUGGCGCCAGAGAAAGAACUAUACGAGGCGAAGGAGCUGUAUUUCAAAUAUAAAGAAGGUAAAGAGCCUGCAGGCACUCCUCUGUCUCAAGUGGUGCGAGCCAAGCAGCUGUACGAGUCAGCAUUCCACCCCGACAGCGGGGAGCUGCAGAAUGUGUUUGGCAGAAUGUCAUUCCAGAUGCCGGGCGGUUGUCUCAUCACUGGUGCUAUGUUACAGUGGUAUAGAACGACGACAGCGGUGGUGUUCUGGCAGUGGGUGAACCAGUCGUUCAACGCGUUGGUCAACUACACUAACCGCAACGCCGCGUCUCCGCUCAGCACCACGCAGAUGGGCGUGGCCUAUAUCUCUGCCACAUCCGCCGCCAUGAUUACUGCCUUUAGCUAUUGUUGUUUCGUUAUCCAAGCGGUGUCUUUCUUUAAAAGUAAGAUUGUCUCCUUUAGAACGACGACAGCGGUGGUGUUCUGGCAGUGGGUGAACCAGUCGUUCAACGCGUUGGUCAACUACACUAACCGCAACGCCGCGUCUCCGCUCAGCACCACGCAGAUGGGCGUGGCCUAUAUCUCUGCCACAUCCGCCGCCAUGAUUACUGCCUUUAGCUAUUGUUGUUUCGUUAUCCAAGCGGUGUCUUUCUUUAAAAGUAAGAUUGUCUCCUUUAGAACGACGACAGCGGUGGUGUUCUGGCAGUGGGUGAACCAGUCGUUCAACGCGUUGGUCAACUACACUAACCGCAACGCCGCGUCUCCGCUCAGCACCACGCAGAUGGGCGUGGCCUAUAUCUCCGCCACGUCGGCCGCCAUGAUUACCGCCUUCACCUUCAAGUUUGGGAUACAGAAGCGUGCUAAGAAUCCCAUUUUAGCUAGGUUCGUGCCAUUCGCAGCUGUGGCAGCUGCUAACUGGGUCAACAUUCCACUAAUGAGGCAAAACGAAAUAUUAUUAGGUUUAGAUGUAACCGACGAGAAUGGUAAAAUAAUAGGCAAAUCUCAAUUAGCUCCCGUCAAAGGAAUCUCACAAGUGGUCACUUCUAGGAUAGUGAUGUGCGCGCCCGGCAUGCUCCUGCUGCCGGUCAUCAUGGAGAGGCUGGAGCCCAAGGCGUGGAUGCAGAGGAUCAAGUGGGCGCACAUCGGCAUACAGACCGGCAUCGUCGGCAUCUUCCUUACAUUCAUGGUGCCGACAGCUUGCGCGAUUUUCCCACAAAAAUGUAAACUGUCUAUCGACACUAUCAAACGUUUCGAGAAGGACCGUUACGAAGAGAUAAUGAAGAACACAGACGGAAAACCUCCGCAAUAUGUUUACUUCAACAAGGGAUUGUAAAUAUGUUGAUUUGUGACUUGGGUAGUAUUGAAGACAUUGUUGUAGUCAGGUCAGUGAGAUGUUAUUAGUUCUGGGAUACAGAUGGUUGAAUUGUAGACAAUACUAUCGUAUUUUAGCGUACUUAAAAAAAAGUUAUUCUAUGAUAUAUUAGUUUUAUAAUUUUGUUUCUACUUCAUUACAAGUUCUAUUAAUCAAUCUAUUAGGUUACUGAUAACGAUAAAUAUUAUAUUUUGAGUUGCACUUUAAUAUGAAAGUUUGAAACUACGCGAAAAAAAAAAUUGUAGAAUGUCAUAUUGUAUUAAGUGACAAUAAGUUUGAACUUGAAAAGAGUCUACGUUACGUUGAAUGACUCAAAAAUCACUUAUAAAGGGGUCAUAACAUCUCACUGCCUUCGGUAGUUGUGUCAAUUUUAAGUGUAGAUACUGCACUUGCUCUGUGAAAGUAGCAGCAUUUAAUUUUACGAUAACCAUCUAUUUGUAAUUUAGCUAAAGACGUUAUAUUUUCACGAACCUCACACGAUUUAGGUUUUUCAGAGAUUCCGCAGUGUAUUUUUUGGAUUUUUAGCUUAAAAGUAGGUUUUUGUAUCCAGACGUCAAGAUUUUUUUUUAAUUAAGUAGGAACACAAAAAUAUGAUUAUUGGCGUCUAUUAUGUUAAAUUAUACAAAAAGAGUUUCUUCUUUAUUUAGACCGAGACCGAAUUAGAAUAUCUAAAGCUAAAAUAACUCAGUCAAGUCAAGCUUGCAUUUGCAUUCAGCAAAUGUCGAAAAACAGUUCUCACAUAAAUUAUUUAGCCUUUAUUCUUGCCAUAUAAAUUUCAAAAUUUAUUCAUUUUUUUAAAAUUACAAAUAAUUACUAAUAAUAAUAAUUACAAAUAUUAAUAAAUGUGCAUUGAAUAAUAUUCUGAUGUUCCAGAAAUGCAAAAUUUUGAUUUUAUUCCUUUAUUACUAUCUGAAUUACCCUCAGACCAACUAUUGUAUAGGACCUGCCUCGCUAGAUGUUACUUUUCUGUCAAAGUAAAUGAUCAAUGAUCUAAUGCGAUUAUAAAAGCUGUCUCUAUAGAAUCAAUGUUAAAUAGUUGUAAUCGUGUUCGUCGGUUAAAGAGCUCCGUAAAAAUACUUUUAUGUGUAGUUGAAUGGUGUGAAAAACGGACAAAACUUCUAGUUUAGUAUAAGAUAUAUACCAAAUCUAAGAUCGUUUUCUUCAGAAAAUGACAGACAAUUUUGUUUGUGACUAUGAGUGUGAUACAGGUCCUUCUAUAAUUGGUCUGAGGAAUUACCUGAUCUGAUUGCCUAUUUUAUUCAAUGUACAAACACUCUGUGUAUAUUAUCUUGUUAUAACAUAGAUUAAUCUAUAUUAGCCUACUGUCCUAUAAAUAGGACGGCAAUAUCCCUGAAAGCCUCAUGGAUUUUUUUUUCUUUUUUAUAAUUUUCUCAUCUAUUUUAAGAGUAUUAGUAUAAAACAGUAGUAGUAGUAUAAAACAAUUUAUUGUAAUAAUUUCGAUUAAAAAUAGUUUCAGGCUGAUGUGGGUUAAAAAGUGCUGUAAAUUAUAAUUCAUACACUGCCUUAACUAUAAUACCUACUUCAUAGUGUUACAUACUGAAAUUACGGUGGAAAUGUAAAAUAAUCACAUUGCAGUAUUUUUUUAUUAUAUUUUUAAAAUCAGAUAGAUAAGCCUAAACGAAAGGAUAUGUCCCAAUUUUGUAUGGAGGCUGGGCCUUUAUUCCGAGUGUGAAGUAAGCAGAACAAAUUAUUUUUAUAAAAAAAAAUUUAUUAUUUUAGGCUUAAAACCUAAAAUAAUAAAUUUUUGGUACCCGCAUUUUUUUUAAAUUUAUUAUAUAAAAUUAUAUAAUAAAUUAAAAAAAUUAAAAUUUUUUUAUUAGCUGACAACAUUAAUCUAAUAUCUCUUUUUACUUUAUGUCAUAUUGACAUUUGACAAUAUUACAUGACAUUGACAGCAUACAUCGGAAUAUGAAAUCAAUUCCACUUAUUUUUAUUGGCUGUUUUGAACACUUACUGUAUUGUCUGUGUUUGUUUUAUUUGUAGACGAGGUAGUGAAACAAAAAUAUAUUUAUCUAAUUAAUGCGGAUUCAAAAAAUUCUGAAAAUUAUUUUCUAAACAGCAAUUUGUAUCUUCUAUCUGUAAAAAAUAAUAUCGACCUUAUAAAUUAUAAAUGGGACAUAUCCUUUGUUAAGUAAGUUAAAAUGUUAUAUUCAUUUUUUAAUUUAUACACACUUAAGACAUUCUUUACUCUUUACAAUUUUUAUUUUAUAUUUAAAGGUAAGGAAUAAUAUUUUUUUGUAAUGAUCCUGUGUGUAUCAUGCUUAAUAAUGUUUAUUUAAGUGAGUGACUUUUAAUAAAAUAAUAAUUAACAUAUUUUUCACUAUGCACAUUCCACUUAAGUCUUUAUUAUGUAAAUAAUUCAGCCUUUUGAAGAAUGUUUGUAUAGCUUAUUCGAUUUUUUUUAUAACUUGUGCCAUUUAAAGUAUUUUUUUUUUUUUAAUUUUUAUCAAUUUCAUUUAAAUUAUGUAAAUUAUUUUUUUUUUGCUAUUUACUAUGUUAAAUUUUUAAUAUUAAAAAGAUUAUUAUUAAUUGCUUUCCUCAUUUUGUUUUUUUGUCAUUGCCAUAUUAUUUUUUAAACUUGUGACGAAGAUUUAAUGGCAAUUUACUUAAAAUAAUAAUACUGCGUCUUGAGUAAAUAGAAAUAUAUAUUUUAUUCGCUCAAAACAAAAUGUUCUGUGAUGUAAAAAAAAAAAUAUUUUUAGUAUUUUUGUUUUUGAUUGUGCUUAAUAUGUAUAGGUUGUUAUGAUAGUUUGCUCCCCAUUAUAUUUUUAUAGGCAUAAUAUAAAUUACCUAUUGUGAGUGAUAAAAAGGAAUCAUAUAAAAAAUCUCAAUUCAUAGGUUUAUAAGUUAUGUCUAUACUUUUAUGCUUUGAUAUCGUUUAUUGUCUAUUUUAAGAAGGAUGAGUAAGAUGGUAAGAAAAUAAUGUGUGAUUUAACUUGUUUACCAUCAAUCUCCUAUUAAAAAGUGGAUGCACAAUCAGCGACCAAAAAACGGUCCCCACUCAAUGAUUGCCAAACACAACUUCUUGGCACUCAAUUCAGGUAGUCGCACUUGCAAAUUCAACUAAAUCCUUAAGGUUGAAUUUGCUGUAAUUUGCUUUUAUUGAAUAUUGGAUUAUAUUUAAAGGCCUUUAGGUAUAAUUUUCUUUACCAAUAAUUCUAAAACUGUCAAAGCAAAAUUGGCCAGUUUUGAAAUGGUAUUUUCGACAUGAUUGUGCGUCCUUUCAUUAUAAGAGGUCAAUGUUGUUAUUAUAUAUUAAGACCACUUACUGCACCCAAUCCGAAUCCAUGAAAAUGUGAUAUAAAAAAUUCGGAUCGAUCCAAAUUCAAGCUUUAUGUUAUAGCCGAUUUGAAUCCCAGAUUCAUCUUAGAUAUGGUCUAACAUCCGUCUAUAGAAAUAUCUUAUAGAAUAUAAAUAUCCUCAAGACGAAGAAGUAGACGUAUUUCACGGAUACGUAUUUUCCAGCGUCAAAAAAAUUAAAGGUGACAGUGAUGUCACUAGUAUAAAGCCGGAUUUACAUUUGUCUGACGUAUUGUCUUGACGCAUCAGAACAGACUCGGUAUCAUACAUUUUUAUCAAUUAUUGGUAAUAUUACAAUUUCUAGCAAUAUUUUUAUUGCUGUAAAGACGACUUUCCAUGCUAACUGCAAAUAAGUCGUUUUUUUUCUUUCUUUCUUUCAAGUUUUGUAUGAAACAUUUCACCCAAUAUCUUUCAGUUCCGGCUUCUGUGUGUUUGUUGGCUAAAGACGAAAUGUCUAUAAAAUGAAAGUUAAGAUUUGUUAUUUAUAUAAUAAUUAGUUUUAGAUUUGUUUAAAAUUCUGUAUUGCAAAGAGACAAUAAACGCUUAAAGAGACAAUAAAAAUAGUUAUUAGUUU